UCUCUUGCUCAUUAAGAAUAAUACUCGCCACAACAUUGUAAAUACAUUACAUAUUCAGAGUUAGUCGACGACAUUUUCACCUCUUUCAGUGAAUCAUCUGCAUUUUAAGACAAUUGCUUUAGUCAAUAUAUGACUCAGAUAUUUACUCUCAAGGAACAAUAUGACUCCACUAAAACUCACCGUCACAAUUUUGUGCAUCUUGUCCGUGGUUUCUGGCCUGUCUGUCGCAGUUGUGUCUGGCUGGGCAAUUUCCAUCAAGUACCAAUCCUUCGACGAACUCUACCCCAAAGGGGAAGAAGUUGGAAAAAAUGCCACUCUUGGUACUCACAAAAUAUGGGAACAUCUGAAAAUGAGUUGGGCAUCGUCACAAGUUAGAGAUGCGAGUUUAAUAGGGCUCUGUCUCGCGACAGGUGUGAUACAGACGUUAAUUGCCCUCAUAAUACUGUACGGAUGGGAAAAGGCUAGCGAGAGAAUCUUGGCGUCAAGAUUCAUUCUUUGCAAUAUCAUCACUUUCCUCGUCUUGCUUGGUUGUGUCAUCGUCACCUCUUCGGUGGACCAUUUAUCAAUUUUGAAAAUUCCUCUCCCACUGCGUCAAGCAUUUGACCUGAGCGAUGACAACCAAUUCAUCGCGUUCCUCGCGUUUGGCAUUAACUCUUUCACCGUUUGGGUAGUCUUUGAUCUCGUGUAUUUGCUAGUUAACAAUGUCAUAAUCUGUUGUUUUUUAAGAAGAUCAAGCACAACGGAUCUUAUCAUAGUGGCCGUAUAAUAAAAAUGUAUAUGGUGGCAAGAAUUGCACA